UCAGGAGCAGGGCGGAGUCUAGGCAAUAGGCAGCGGUGUCUGGUGUGGUGCUCCUUAGAUGCGCCACGGCUUCGGUAGCGACGGCUUCUCCUGCUAGGUGUGAGCUUCGCCAGCCCCUCCCCCAGGAGACCAUCGCAGUUGGCCAGCACCUGCUCCACUGUAACCAUGUGCGACCGAAAGGCGGUGAUCAAAAAUGCCGAUAUGUCGGAGGAGAUGCAACAGGACUCCGUGGAAUGUGCUACUCAGGCGUUGGAGAAAUAUAACAUAGAGAAGGAUAUUGCGGCGCAUAUUAAGAAGGAGUUUGACAAGAAGUACAACCCCACAUGGCACUGCAUCGUGGGGAGGAACUUCGGUAGUUACGUGACACAUGAAACCAAACACUUCAUCUACUUCUACCUGGGCCAAGUGGCCAUUCUUCUGUUCAAAUCUGGUUAAAGUGAACUGCACCACACCCCAGUGAUCCAUCCAAAAACGAGGAUUGCAGCCUAAAUUCCAAAUACCAGAGACUGAAAUCUUCAGCCUUGCUUAAAGGAACACCUUGAUCUUGAACCUUUAUUGUGUUAUUUUGUACAGGGCAUUCUCUGUACUCAUUUGUUGUGGUUAUAAAACAAUUAGCAAAACAGCUUACAUUUGUAUUUAUUUUCUAUUCCAUACCUCUCUGCUCCAUGUUCUUCCUCCUCAAAAUCCAUUCCUUUGCCCUCAAAAUAAAUCUGUUGAAGAAC